AUGGCUGGCUACUAUUCAUUUCAAGUAAUUGUGUUUCUUACCGCAGUCUGCUACUCAACAGCAAGUAAACCUGAUAUAGAGCCGGAAUGUUCAAAAUUCAAAUAUGACAAACAAAUGUUAGAGACAAUGGUAAGAAUGGAAGCUAAAAUGAAUCAGUGGAAUAAAGAAAAGAAAGAUUUUGAAAAGAACUUGUUGUCUGUGACGGAACGUCGGAAGGUGGAAAUGAAACAAGAGUUUUCAAACACAAUAAACAGAUUGGCAACAUGCAUGAUGACUUCGAGAAGAUCCGUAAUGAACUCAAUAAAAAACGGCUCAACUGGAAAAGCUUGCUGUUUAGUAGAACAAUAUUGCAGUAAUUUUACCACAACACCGAAAAUAGUGUUUAAUGCAUAUAUAAGGUCCAUCAGAAACUAUGCCAACGGCCAAACUUUCGUCUUCCCAGAUGUUUUUCUCAACGAAGGUGGUGUAUAUGACAAAAUUACUGGAAUGUUCACAGCACCUGUGGCUGUGUGCUACUCAACAGCAAGUGAACCCGAUAUAGAGCCGGCAUGUUCAAAAUUCAAAUAUGACAAACAAAUGUUAGAGACAAUGGUCAGAAUGGAAGCUAAAAUGAAUCAGUUGGAUAAAGAAAAGGAAACCUUUGAAGAGAACAUGCUGUCUAUAAUGGCACAUCGGAAGGAGGAAAUGAAACGAGAGUUUUUGAAUCAAAAACAACAGAUUGGCCAAAUGCUUGAUGACUACGAGAAGAUCCGUGAGGAUCUCAAUGACAAAGCGACUCAGCUUGAAAAGCUUGCUGGUAAUUUCACAAAAACACAGAUAAUAGCGUUUAAUGCAUACACAAUGUCCAGUAAAAACUAUAACAGCGGUCAAACUAUUGUUUUCCCUGACGUUUUACUUAACGAAGGUGGUGGAUAUGACAAAACAUCUGGAAUGUUCACAGCACCUGUGGCUGGUCUGUACUAUUUCAGCGUUCACAUAUGUAAUGCACUAGCAAAAUAUAUGGUCGCAGCUAUUGUUCAUGGAAAUACUACAGUUGCAAGUACAGUUGAAUAUGGAAGAAGUGGAACAACCUGUAGCGCGGUCAUGGCUCCGGUAAAAUUGGUUGUUGGUGAACGCGUGUACGUAAAAAGUACAAUUAACAGCGCCUUAGUAGCUGAUUCUUACAGAUGGCCGUCCUUCAACGGUGUUCUGUUUAAUAAUUAA